AAGAAUACGACGAGCCUCCACAGUGCAAGGCGGGACAAGAUGUUGUGCUGCAGUCACCUGUCGACUGGGUGCUUUUGGAUGGCCGAGAAAGUUCAGAUGACCGUGGAAUUGUACAGUACGAGUGGACCCUGCUGCAGGGUGACUCCUCGGUGGAAAUGAAGAUUCCACAGCCAGGAACACUGAAACUCUCUCACAUCCAGGAAGGCGCGUAUAUUUUCCAGCUAACUGUGACAGACACUGCAGGUCAGAGGAGCUCUGACAAUGUCUCUGUGACCGUUUUGCCCAUGGUUCAUUCUGCAGCAGCCUGUGUUGGGGUUUGCUCUCGCUACCAGUUCAUCUGUGAUGAUGGCUGCUGCAUUGACAUCACGUUUGCUUGCGAUGGUGUCAGACAGUGCCCUGAUGGAUCGGAUGAAACUUUCUGCCAGAACCUCAGCCCGGGACGGAAGACAGUAACACAUGCAGCUCUUGGCACUACCCAGCAAAGGACUGUAGGACUGACAGAAAACACAGAUGAAAACUUCUCUGCAGAAGACACCCUGAAAGCCACUGCCAGAAAUCAACCAGUUCUCUCAGUGGAUGCAGACAUGUCUAACCAAUCGCUUUCUCAGGGACCAAAGAAACAAAUCAGUGGAUUUGUGCCAGAUAGCAGUUCCUCAGGGAAAAGAACAGGUGACAGAAGUGGGAAUGGCAUAAUUGUGCCAAAGAGAAACCAGCUUGGAGGUGGUCAUCCAGUCCCAGAAACAGGUGCUGUGUUACCCUUAGCCUUAGGCUUGGCCAUCACUGCUUUACUGCUGCUUAUGGUUGCUUGCAGACUGCGUUUAGUGAAACAGAAGCUUAAAAAAGCACGACCCAUUACAUCUGAAGAGUCUGAUUACCUCAUCAAUGGGAUGUAUCUCUAAAAAUUGGAUUUAGGUCAGUUGUUUUCUCUCCUUUUUCCUGUGUCUGUGAACCUCUGCCUCUAUAAAAGGACCAAAACCUUUAGUUAAGGUCCAAGUUAGAAGAAGCCUAUGAGAUGAGGAACAUGUUCUUCCCCUUUGGUGGUAAAAUUUUAAAAGUGUGUAGAUGCCCAUGCUCAG